GAAAAAAUAAAAGGAAAGAACAGAAGGAGAAACAACUAUUAUAUUCUUUGUGACGAAAUGAUAGCGAUUUUAUUAUAAAAUUCAGAAAAUGAUAGAAAUAUCAAAUUGGAUAUUCAAGAUUUGAGGGCGAGACAUAUCAAAGAAUGAGCCAACUUGGCCAAUCUACUUAUAGUCGUAUUGGUAGAUUUGAAGGCGAAACAUGUCAAAGAAUAAGCAAAAAAAAGGCAUCCAACUUUUGAAAUCAUCCACCCCCACACUCAAAAACUGAGACGGCACUUCAAAGUCAAGACAACUCCAUGCAUGAUGAAAAAGCCAAACACUUAAAAGCGAAUUGGCGUGUGAGAAAUUCUUCACACAAAACCUGCAAUAUAGUGAGCAGGAGGAUACUCUUUGAUAAGGAGCAGUGCCAACUUCGAAGAAGACCUGACAACGAACCAAACUAAAUUCAAAUUUUACACAAGGGCACCCCCACAUGGUAAGUUAGUGACAUAAAAAUUCCUUGCUCGUUUUCAACAGAACACGCCACGGCGAACCAGAUGUAUGGGCAAGUCGUCUUUCUACUCCCUACUCAACAUUCCAUCCCCACGCUUUCUGUCCUCCGCCACCUCCAAAGUUGUCGGAGGCUCGACCACCCCCGCCGCCGCCACAGAACAAUUCACAAACCUCUGCUCCAAAGGACACAUCAAACAAGCAUUUGAGGGGUUCAAAUCUCAGAUAUGGUCAGACCCAUCUCUCUUCUCACACCUCCUCAAAGCAUGCAUCCCCAGCGAGUCCCUCUCUUUAGCAAAACAGCUCCAUUCUUUGAUUGUCACAUCUGGGUGUUCCGCAGACAAGUUCGUAUCCAAUCACCUCCUCAACUUGUACUCCAAAGUCGGAGACUUGGAUGCCGCUUUAACCUUGUUUGGUCAUCUCCCCAGGAGAAACACAAUGUCUUGCAACAUUUUGAUCAAUGGGUACGUGCAGAAGGGUGAUUUGGAAAGUGCCCAGAAGCUGUUUGAUGAAAUGCCUGAGAGAAAUGUGGCUACGUGGAAUGCCAUGAUCACCGGGUUGACGCAGUUUGAAUUUAACGAACAGGGGCUGGGUCUGUUUUCUGAGAUGCACGAGUUCGGGUUUUUGCCCGACGAGUACACUUUGGGCAGUGUUCUGAGGGGUUGUGCUGGUUUGAGAACAUUGUGUGCCGGGCGUCAGGUUCACGCUUAUGUGAUGAAAUGCGGGUUUGAGUUUAAUUUGGUCGUUGGGAGCUCUUUGGCUCAUAUGUAUAUGAAGUCGGGUAGCUUGGUGGAAGGAGAAAAAGUGAUUACAUCGAUGCCAAUUCGCAGUGUGGUUGCUUGGAAUACUAUUAUUGCGGGAAAAGCUCAGAAUGGGCAUCUCGAGGGAGUGCUGGAUCAGUAUAACUUGAUGAAAAUUGCUGGUUUCAGGCCUGAUCAGGUCACUUUUGUUAGUGUUAUUAGUUCGUGUGCAGAAUUGGCAACACUUGGACAGGGUCAGCAAAUUCAUGCUGAAGCAAUUAAAGCUGGGGCUAGCACAGUUGUUGCGGUGAUUAGUUCGUUAAUUAGCAUGUAUUCGAGAUGUGGGUGUCUUGAUGAUUCUCUGAAAGCUUUCAUGGAAAGUGAAGGUGGAGAUGCUGUAACGUGGAGUUCUAUGAUUUCUGCCUAUGGGUUUCAUGGACAAGGAGAGAACGCCAUUAAGCUGUUUGAGGAGAUGAAGCAGGAAGAAUUGGAGGCAAAUGAUGUUACUUUCUUGAGUUUGCUUUAUGCGUGCAGUCAUUGCGGGUUGAAGGACAAAGGACUUGAGUUCUUCAACUCUAUGGUCGAAAAGUAUGGACUACAUCCUAAAUUAGAACACUAUACAUGUGUGGUUGACCUGCUUGGCCGAUCUGGCUGUUUGGAGGAAGCCGAGGCAAUGAUACGAUCAAUUCCUGUUAAAGCAGAUGCUAUCAUUUGGAAAACUUUGUUAUCUGCAUGUAAAAUCCACAAGAACGCAGACAUGGCAAGAAGGAUUGCUGAAGAAGUUAUUAGGCAAGAUCCACAGGACUCAGCAUCCUAUGUGCUACUCUCGAACAUCCAUGCUUUAGCUCGAAGGUGGCAUGAUGUUUCUGAGAUGAGAAAAACGAUGAGAGAUAGAAAGGUCAAGAAGGAGCCAGGUAUAAGCUGGCUGGAAAUUAAAAAUCAAGUUCACCAGUUCUGCAUCGGUGAUAAAUCGCACCCCCAAUCUAGAGAGAUUGAUUUGUAUCUUAAAGAGCUAACAUCAGAGUUGAAGUUGCAUGGUUAUGUGCCUGAUAUCGGCUCUGUUUUGCAUGAUAUGGAUAACGAGGAGAAAGAAUAUAACUUGGCACACCAUAGUGAGAAGUUGGCGAUUGCUUUCGCCUUAAUGAACACUCCUGAGGGUGUACCAGUAAGGGUGAUGAAGAAUUUGCGCAUUUGCACUGAUUGUCAUGUUGCUAUUAAGUACAUAUCUCUAAUAAAAAACCGAGAGAUUAUUGUACGUGAUGCUAGUAGAUUUCAUCACUUUAAAGAUGGGAAAUGUUCUUGUGGAGAUUACUGGUAAAGGAAGGUUAUACAAUUAUGAUCGAGCUCCCACAAAAUUGUUGAAAUGUUUUUGGGUUGUCCAAGAUAAUUAUAAGUGGUGAGAGCCAAGUCCUGACCCGAAUGAGCGGAUCCCCUGGAUUUAUUGCCGGAAUGGGAGAAACAUGCCACCGAACUCUCAAGCUGGUGGCCGGAGGUGACGAAAGAGAGGUCAGGGCAAGGUUAUGAUCGAGCUCCCACAAAAUUGUUGAAAUGUUUUUGGGUUGUCCAAGAUAGAGUGCUGACCCGAAUGAGCGGAUCCCCUGGAUUUCUUGCCGGAAUGGGAGAAACAUGCCACCGAACUCUCAAGCUGGUGGCCGGAGGUGACGAAAGAGAGGUCAGGGCAAGGGUGCGUUCCUACCACCGUAUAAACCUCAUAUUUAGGGACAUAAGGCUUCCAAUGGGCCGGAAAAGAAGUCCCUAGAGUAUAGUAAAGAAUAGGGACUCGCCGGAAUUCCUAUAAAAAUCCUCAAAUGUAAGGAUGCGGAUAAGGACUCAUAAAUGGUGUACCCAGUUUGAAGAAUCGGAGAAAGUGGGCUUGAACCCACGUUAAUGCUGAAGCUGCAAAGCGCAGCGACAAUGCAUGCCCCACAACGCACUUGUUAUCUAGUCUCCCAUUGGAGAUGUCCUAAAGAGGUUCUUAACAAUAGUGGUGAAUACCCUAUUAUCGAGUCUCCCAUUGGAGAUGCUUUAAUAUGACACCCCUCCUCACUUUCUCAGACAUUUUAAGUGUUAGAAGUGACUUUAUGAUAGAUAGCUUGUGAUUUGUGUGAAAUAUUGAAUGGAUUUGAGGGAUAAAAGACAACAGGAGAUGCUCCCAAAACUAUGUUUUAGCCACAACCAUUGUAAUUGAAGAGUGUAAGCACGAAAAUUCUAACUA